AUGUCGACAUUUUCAUAUGCUCAAGCGGCCAAGGGCCAGCUUUCUACUGCAUCUUCCGCCCCCCAGCCGGCCGUCAGCCAAGCCGCUUCGACGACGAGCAAUCAAGGCGCCGAUUCCUCGGCUCCUGCUGGUGAAGCCGCUGCUUCUCAAUCGAUAGCAGCUUCGACUACCUCAAAUGACGCUGACGUGAAGUCCGCCAACACACAGUCGGUCACGCCGGAUGAUUCCCAAAACAAGAGUGAUUCGGAUAUUCCUAGUCAAAGUGCUCAAGGAGCCGAGAUUGUACAGGAGAGUGCGGCGACAGACGUUGCUGUCUCUGCCUCCACAGAAAAGAAGCAGGGUGCUGAGACACCCGAGAGACGGGUCAAAGGUGGAUCAGCACGUUCUGACACUUCUGAUAACAGAAAGCCACGAAAGGGCAAGAAGUCGAAAGCUGCCGACAAGGACUCAGACCAAGAGCAGACCGCAGAGAAGGAGAAGGAGCCCGAGGCCCCCAAGGUGCAAUUAUCCGAGGCUCCGAUACCUACCGUCAACAUUUGGGUCCAAAGGGCCAAGGAGGCCCAGACAAAGACUGUCCAGCCUGUCCCAGCACGCACAUCAUCCACUGCCACUGCCAAUGCUCAAGACAGCAAGGCAAAGACUGCUGCCAGUGAAGUUGACAACUCUGGUCGUUCCUCAGUCAAUGUGAAUAAGGGCCAACGGAAGGAUGUUUCCAAGGAUGCUGCAGAGCAAGCUCCUCGACGUCAUACUGCCCGUGGUGGCAAGGCAUUCGAAAAGACCAGCGGCGAAUCACUUCCGUCUGUUGCGGAUGCUGCCUCGUGGCCAACUCCCGAGACGGCUGCUACUGAGAUCAAGUCACAGGAGACUGUUUCCAAGCCAGCUGAGACCGAGGAAGCUUCUGAGGACAAGGCUGACUCUGGUCCCAAGGACAAGCCGAAAUGGGUGGCUAUUCCCUUUGUGCCGAGCGCAGUUUUCGAAACACCACUUCCCAGCCGAAACCCCCGUGGUAGUAAAACUGGUGCGCCUCGUGGUGGCCGGGAGACCGGCGCGCGAGGCCAUGCUGGAUUGUCGAACCCAGCAGAAAGAACGCAGGCUUCUGGUGCUGCCAGAGCAUCCGGUGAAAAGUUCGAUGGUGCCAAUGGCUCCAAGGCUGCAGCAGCCGCGCCCGCCAAGCGUGCCGACGUCGAUGCUGGUGUUUCCCGCGAUGCUCGCAAGGCAUCCGGUGCAGCAAAGGAAGGCUUGAACACCACCCCAACGAUAAACGGUGCCGACGAGCCUGUUAAGGCUGCUCAGUCUGAGAGCAAGGACCAAUCACAAGCUUCUGAAACUCCCAACGAGAAGAAAUCUGAGACUCGACCUGACCCCUCCAGAGAGUCCUUCACGCCAGCUGCCAAAGAGAACAAUCAUCACCAUGUCCCCAAGUCGGAGAAGCGCAACAACCGUGGACGAGGCGGCCACUCUGGCGCCAAUGGCCAAGGCCACCGUGGCCAUGGAGGUUUUGGAUCCAACGGACAGCCAUUCAAUGGCCACAUGAAUUCCCGCCAAAACUCUUAUCCUGGCAAUGUCUCCAUAGGCUAUGGCAUGCCUGGUGGCCCGACCAAUGGUCACUCAUCCCGCAACUCUACAUCUGGUGGCUUCUACCGUGGAAAUGGCAGAAAUGGCCGUGGCAACAACGUGCAAGCUGCCAACUGGAAUGUAGACCCAGCGAUGCAGGCCAUGCCUGCCAUGAUGGCGCCCCAGCCAUACUGGUAUGAGCAACAGAACAUCCUGGCCAUGCUCACCCGUCAGCUCUCGUACUACUUCUCGGUUAACAACCUACUAAAGGACUCGUACUUGAGACGCUGCAUGGAUUCUCAAGGUUAUGUUUUCUUGGAUGUGAUUCAGAACUUCACGCGUAUCCAGCAACUGACUCCUGACCCGCACAUGCUUCGAAUUGCCUGUGUCGAGUGCCCCGACGUCGAGUUGGUGACGGGCAUUGAGGACAACCGCGACCGCAUCAGGCGUGUCAAGGAGUGGAAAACUUACGUCUACCCGACCGGCUCCCGAAACGAGGAAGUCAACUUUGACGAAGGCCCUGCCAAUGUCUUCAAGCAUGACCGUUCCACCAUGUACCCCACACCAUACAUGAACCAGCACCACUACCCAGUUGAGUCGAAUGGAUUCUAUCCCAACGGUGCCCAAUUCACAGGAUACGGACAUGACGGCUUCCAACCAUAUGGCAUGAUGAAUGGCAUCAACGGCCAGACACACCCCAAUGGUACUCCGUUGUCUGCCGAGGUACCCGAGUUCUCUCCCAAGAACGGAUCCAGCGCCUCUGAUGCCGAGCAGACCAAGGGCGCUGCAGGCAAGGAAAACCAGGUCAACGGCACCAAGCACUUGACAAAUGGCACGGGUAUGGUCAACGGACACUCGCACACCAACGGCACUGAACCUGUAACGGCUCAAUAA